AUGAGAGUAUCUGCAGAAGAUUGUGUAGUGUAUGAGGCGGUGGGGGAAUAUAUAAAUGACCCUAAAGGGUGCAGGGAGAAGGCAUACUCCACAUUGGUCAGGCUCCACCUAGGGACUGAGGCAAGGGAGCUGGAGAAGGUGCAGCAUAGAACAAAAGCAAAUCACAACGAGUCGGUGUGCUCGCUGUGCAUGUUUGAAGCGAGCAGCGCGGAAGAACUGAAAGUCCACAUCCAGCAGCACAACCACCCGAAACCCUUCUUCUGCGACGUGUGCAACGCGCGGUUCCCGACCCGCGCCAGCGCCAACUCGCACCACCCCACGCACUCGACGGAGGCCCCGUACUCGUGCGAGGUGUGCGAGAAGAGCUUCAAGUGGAAGCACGGGCUGCAGAACCACAUGGUGGUGCACGGCACGGAGAAGAAGCACUUGUGCGCGCAGUGCGGCUUCUCGACGCGGCACCUCCGGUCGUUCCACACCCACGAGCUGCUGCACACCAGCCCGCUGCUCAAGUGCCCGUCCCCGGGCUGCGCGUUCCAGACGCGGGUCAAGAAGUACCUCGGCAGCCACCUCCUCACCCACAACAAAGAGAAGCCCUACCAGUGCGAGAUAUGCGGGCGCUCCUUCUCGCAAGCUAAGAACCUGCACCGCCACGCCGACAAACACGACAGCACCACCUUCGUGGAGAAGUGCCACCUGUGCCUGUACCAGACGACGCGUGUGGACAAGCUGGUGACGCACUUCAAGAAGCACCACCCUGAAGGCGACCUGCAGGAGUUGGUGGCGCGGCGGAAGAAGCGGAAGAUGGAGUACCUCCGGAACAAGGCCUCCGGCGCGAGGUCGCUGGGUUCCAAGAGCAAUAAGAACAGCAGCUCGAAAAGUGUGACUCCCGCACCGACGGACGUGGUUCAAGCGGAGAGUGUGAAAGGCGGCGUGGUCUCGAUGGAGUGUGGCGACGUGUCUAGCAAUCUUAUCCUUCAACCAGAAACUCAGUGCCAAGACAUAAUAAUAGUGACUACGGGUGGUUUGUUGUUGGACUAUGAUUCGAUGAACUACGCAGAGAGUGACGCUAUAACACACCUACAAUUCUCGGAGGAUGCCGUGGUCGUGGGCGGUAACCACGGAGGAGAAAUUUCGUUUGUUCCGGUCGGGGAGCAGGAUUCCGUUCUUCUCCGACCCACGGACGAUAUGGAGAACCUGUGCCUGGCCAUUCCUCCGCAGCCGUCGAGUGGGCAGGUGGUGGACGGCUGCAUCUUGGAAGAAAUACUGGAUCCGGGUGUGACAGCCGUCACCGCCGGCGACCAGCUGCAGUCAGACUGCCCGGGCGACGGCUUGCGGCACGUGGAGGGCCUGUCACUCGCGGAAGGCACGGACACCUGCGUCACUCUGCCGGGCGUGAUCUCGGCUCAGUACGAGCAGCUUCUCGAGAACUUGGAGCGAGGCUCCGCCAAGGUGGGCGCCACGAGCACGGGCGAACUGCUAUCAGCUUCGGUUCUGGACGCAAGCGGAGCCGUUCCUUUCUCUCCGCAGGACGUAGAGAGCGACAGUAAUUUCUUCUCGGAUCUCAGUCACAUAGUGAGUGACAAAACCCUGGUUGAUAUCGUGGAUGACAGUUCCUUCGUGGCCGCCGAUGUCGGCUUGCUCUCGUCGAAUCCUGAUGAUGUUCAUCUGGAUGCAGACAGCAGUAUUUUUAAUAGUUUACAUGAAUUAUCAUGGUUCCAAUAG